AUGCACAUUGCAACAAACAACGAUGUGGGUUCAACCUCAAAUUCAACCGCAGUAGAACUAAAUAGAUUAGAAAAUAAAGAUGAAUACAUAGAAUCAGAUGCUGGUAACCAUAUUUUUACCAUCCAAACUUUAGAUGUUUCACCCACUUUACCUAGUAACAUAGAGGAGUCAGUGUCAAUGACUAUUCAUCAAACUUUUGUUUCCGGGGAAGGGGAUGUGAUAUUAAGAGCAAAUGAGAAUUUUAGCCCUGUUGUAGUAAGGAAAAAAGGCAGAAAAGUAAUCAAGGAAGAAACUAGAGAAGUACCAAUGAAGAAGCUUAGAAAUUUUGGAGAAAAAUACAUAACAAGAAAAGGCAAAAUAACUAAAUCAAAGAAGUAUAAUGCAUUGCCCACAUGCAGAGACAGAAUUAAUGAUACCGGAAGAAGAAAUAUUUUUAAAGGAUUUUGGGGAAUUGGUCUUUAUGAAAAAAGAAGAAGAAACGAAGCAUAA